CUUAAGAAGGAUUUCUAGACAUCAGUACUUCUUCACUAAACAUUUGUUCUUUCCUCUUUUCCAUGCAGAUGAAACUCCAGCUGUUCCACAUCUGUACAUCUCUGCUCAUGCCUUUGAUACUGCUCUGCCCUGAAGGGAGUCUGACCUUCCCCCUGCAUCCCAUCAUCCCCGGUUAUGAGGCGGCGCUGCUCGAGGCCUGGAUGGAGCCGAUGGAGAAGGUGGAGAUGUUAGAGAUGGGGCGGAGAGCUCUAGCGCCCCCGGUGAAACAUCCGCUCGAGAUGGAGUACUACAAGAAAGGAGAGGAGGAGGAGGACAUGGAUGAAGGUGAUCUGCAGCGGAACGAAGUGCUCUCGUCCAUCGCUGGGGGUCUGCAGGCUUUCAGCAGACAGAAAGGAGGAUUCGGGUUUCGCUUCGGGAGGAAGUGAGAGAAACGAUGCAGAAGAACAUGGAUGUAUGGGGAUUAGUAUGUGUGUAUAUUUAUACAUAUAUACAGUGUGUUUAGAUCUCUGUCUGUGUGUGUAUUACUGUGUGAGACGCAUAAUAAAUGCUCAGCUUUAAUGUGUACAUACACGAAGACAUGAAGUUAUGUUUUAUGUUUCUGUACAUAGCAGCUUCUGGAUGUGUGGUAGAACCUUCAUAACACCAGGACAAAAUCAAC